AUGGAGCCCACCGCAGAGCAGCAAGGGCCCAAGGAGGCCAGGAGCCCGCAGCGAGCGCCGGCACCGUGGCAAGCCCUCCCAGUCCUGUCUGAGCAGCAGUCCGGGGCCGUGGAGCUGGUGCCAGCCUAUGCCGCGCCGGUGCUCGACGCGCGCCAGACCUCGCGCCUGCUCAGGGAGGUGUCAGCCGUCCACCCACUGCCCGCCCAGCCACACCUCAAGCGGGUGCGGCCCCGCUGUGACACCAGCGGCCCGCGUACGCUGGAGAUGCUGCUAUGCCUGGCAGGCCCGGCUGCGGGCACACGCUCAUUGGCCGAGCUCCUCCCGCGGCCGGCUGUGGAUCCCCGUGGCCUGGGUCAGCCCUUCCUGGUGCUCGUGCCCGCCCGGCCGCCCCUGACCAGGGGCCAGUUUGAGGAGGCUCGGGCCCACUGGCCCACAUCCUUCCAUGAGGACAAGCAGGUGACCAGUGCCCUGGCCGGGCAGCUUUUCUCAGCACAGGAGCGGGCUGUGAUGCAGAGCCACAUGGAACAGGCCGUGCAGGCGGCGCAGCAGGCAGCGGCUCGGGGCCUGCGGGCUGUGGGGGCCGUGGUGGUGGAGCCAGCCUCAGGCCAUGUGCUAGCCACGGGCCACGACUGCCGUGGUGCAGCCAGCCCCCUGCUGCAUGCCGUCAUGGUGUGUGUGGACCUCGUGGCCCAGGGCCAGGGCCGGGGUGCCCAUGACCUCAGGCCCCACCCCACCUGCUCCUUUGCCGUGGCCCCCCAGGCCAUCUGGGCGGGCACUGUGCACAAGCUGGACGAGGAUGAGGACGGCCUCCCCUACGUGUGCACUGGCUACGACCUCUACGUCACCCGCGAGCCCUGCGCCAUGUGUGCCAUGGCCCUGGUGCAUUCCCGCAUCCAGCGCGUCUUCUAUGGGGCACCCUCUCCUGAUGGUGCCCUGGGCACCCGCUUCCGCCUCCAUGCCCGGCCUGACCUCAACCACCGUUUCCAGGUAUUCCGAGGCAUCCUCGAAGACCAGUGCCGUUGGCUGGACCCUGACACGUAGGCUAGCCCCUCCUCCUCUGGAACUUUCUCUGCUUCCACGUCUUCCUGGGGCUGUGAUCCUGCCUCAGUUUUAAGGACACUCACCACCUGCCUGUGUGUGCUGGUGCCUUCCAGCCCAGGCCACCAGCAAGCGAAGAGCGCCUGGGCUCAUUUCCAUUUGGAGUGAGCUGUUCCCUGGACUUGACCUCAAUGGGGGUCCAGCCCCCAAGCUGUGGUCUCGUGGUUCUCUGUCAUUGUGUCCCCUUUGUUUCGGGUGUCAGGGAGCAGCUCUGAUAUAUGAAAAUAAACAACCCAAAGCCAA